AUGGCUCCUCUUGUCAGUCUCGGCGACCAACCGGUCGUUCCCAACGUCACUAGUGGCAACGGGGAUGUAACAGUGGCACACGUCGACAAAGCAGCAGGCGGAAAUGGCGGCUGUCGGACUCGGAGUGGCAUUGACACCUUAACAGAUGGCGAAAGGCGGAAUGGUCGUCGGAACCGCAGCAAAGGCGAAGCACCAGAAUCGUUCUUCUUCAACCACGAAAGGCAACAACGACAACCACAGUCCAUCAUCGUCGGCAAUGGAAUAGCACCCAUGAAUGUCAUCGUCGGCGGUAACGAUUCACGGUGGACUUUGGUGGCCGACAGCGGCGGCUGA